AUGGAGAUUCUUAAGGAACUCCAUGCUUCAAUUUCGGAAGCAUGCGAUGCCUCGUUUGACAAUGCCUACGCGAAGCUGGAGUCUCAACUUGCCAUCCGUGAAGCAAACCUGAGAAAAGCCGAAGAGGACGGAUCAGCUGCCCGCGAGGCCCGCGAGACGGCAGAGCACAGAAUUCAAGAGUUGCAGAACCAAAUAUCCGUGCUCCAGGAGGAGAUCAAGCGCUAUGAAGUCGACCCGAAGGACCUUGAAUUUCCAGUCGCCUUUGCCAAUCUGCAGGAUGAAUUUGCACCCGAAAACCUCUGGAACAAUCAUCACAACAAGAAGGAUCAGCUGCAAGAAAUCCUCGAUCAUAAAUACACAACGCUCUAUACCAGCUUACAGACGUUUUCCAAAAGCUGGACCAGUCUUAAAGCAAAAGUACUGCAACACAAGAAGAAAUUACGAUGUUGGGAAAGGCUGCUAGAGCGGGAUGAGUUUACAUGUUUUCUUCCCAAUGGCGAAUCGGUAACUUUUCGAAAGGUGCCAAAUGUGGGAUUCAGUGACACUGCAAAGUCGACAGCCCCAAUUUCAGAAGCGGCACCGCCCUCGGAACGUGAAGCGACGCAGGACUCUGUUGCUGGUACAUCAUUCACUGAACCGGUCCAGAAUGAAGACUGCCCAACAAACGUGAAACCUAUGGUUAAGAUCGAGGAAGGCAGUCAAUCAGUGAAUCGCCCAAACCCACCAGAGCCCGGUCGUGCUACGCGGAAUCCGCCAUCUUCAGAGUCGUCUUCGGAUAUAAUUCCCCCCUUACCACAUUUGCAAAGUCGGAAGAGAAAGCGGGUUGUUGCUGCUUCUCAUGACCAUCUGAUGGAGACUGCUCCUAAACGACCAGUACUUGUUAAGAAUGAACCGGCGUCAUCAAGUCCAUUGCAUCACUCUGCGUUCUCCCUCGGCCAGCAUUUGCCUAGCACUCAAGAUCUGGAUGAAAUUGGUGAUACUGUGCAGACGCCUACAAAACGGAAUGCCCACCGAGAAGUGCACUGGGAAGACUCGGGUAUGGAAAACGAGCCAAGUGGCACCGGUACCCAGCAGACCCAGUCAGAUCGACCAUUUCAACAAUCAUCUAUACUACGCUCGGUCGAUGGGAACGCCCGAACAGACAAGUUUUAUAGACAAGAGCUUGGGAUGAAAAAGCAGAAAUUGACAAACCACCGUGCGGUAUUUUCAAUGGCAGAAGACUGCGAUGCCGAAGAAGAUGGUAGUUAUUCCAAACGGCAUCUCCCGAAAAGCACACCAGCAACACCUCACACGAGGCCACCGCAAUCCAAGGGUGACGGAAAAACCACACAGAGCCGGCUCCAGGGCCUUUUGGAGGGAUCAUUGCCUUCCAAAUCACCACUCGAGUCUGCCAAAAAUCUUCAUGGACCGGGCAAUUCCCAGGAUUCAAUCAGGAAUGCCGCUGCACGAAGACAUCGUCUUGCUACCGAGUCCCUUUCAUCUCGAAACCAAUCCGGUGACUCCGCGACCGAAACUGAUUCCCAGAAUUUCCCGGAGGUGCGCCCAGAAGACGAGCCCUACAGAUCGCUCCCUCUAAGUCGUUUAACCCUUGAACAUUUCAAGAUCAAUCCAACCCGAAACCAGGGGCUUGACUACGCAUAUGACUCGGUUGUUCGCAAGAAAGAUGAUCGCAAGUGCAUCUCCGGAUGCACGCGUCCCGGGUGCUGUGGAGAUCGCUUUCGUGCUAUGGCACGCCUUGGAGGCCUCCCAGCCAAUAAUUCCACAGAGCAAACGGAAGAAGACCAACGGGCCCUGGAAGAGUAUGUAGGCGAGGAUCAGCACCUACUGGAUGGCCUAAGUGGCCAGGAUCGUGACAAUCUUCUUGUGGAAGCCAGAGCCAGAACUCUUGCUAAUCAAUAUGGCCGACACCGACACACUCAUCAGCGCGCUCAAUCUCCGCCUGGUUUUUGGAGAACAGACAUGCCAGACACACAGGAAAUGAAAUCAGACCGGGAAGCAGCACAAAGGCUGGAGCGGGGAAAGGUGGAGGAGCGGUACCGAGAGGCCAUGCGACCUGGAGGACUUUGGACCUGGGCAGAUGAAUGA